UCUUCAUUCGUUGUUGAGUCGUCGCGGCAUCUUGUGGAGUUGGCUCGCUCGCUCGUUCAUUUUUCCCUUUGGUUUGAUCCCGUUGAGCAGCAUCUUCGUCUGCUGCUUCGAAGUUGAAAUUUCGGUGGCAAGUUUGGUUUGAAUUUGGUGUGGUUUUACGAGUGAAAAGUUGUUUCUAAGAUGAAGAAGUUGUUGAUCUUCGCUUUGCUGGUGCUGCCAGCGGUUCUUUUGACCGUGGACGGUGGUUCCCGGUUGAUGGCCCAUGCCACGGAAGAUGAAUUGGACGAAGAACUGGAUGUGGAGGUUGAAUCGGAUGAUGCUUCGGUGACUCAGACAGAUGAAGCGGAGACGGAUGAUGAACCGGAAACAACAAAGUCUCCCGACGCCGAUACGUUCCUUCUGUUUACACGUCCUCUGCAUUCGAGCGGAUCCCAGCUUGAGCUUCCUGCCGGGUACCCAGUUGAGUUCCUAGUCGGAUUUGCCAACAAGGGUAGCGAUGACUUCAUCGUAGAAACCGUCGAAGCUUCCUUCCGUUACCCAAUGGAUUUCAACUAUUACAUCCAGAACUUCUCCGCUAUUCCAUACAAUCGUGAGAUCAAGCCAGGCCAUGAAGCUACCGUGUCGUACUCGUUCCUCCCAUCGGAAUCGUUUGCCGGACGUCCAUUCGGUUUGAACAUUGCACUGAACUAUCGCGAUGCCAGCGGAAACCAGUUCUCCGAGGCCGUCUUCAACGAAACCGUGUCCAUCACCGAGGUCGACGAGGGACUGGACGGAGAAACGUUCUUCCUGUAUGUGUUCUUGGCCGCCGUUGUGGUCCUGCUGCUAGUUUUGGGCCAGCAGUUCCUGGGAUCGUACGGCAAGCGCAAGCGGUCUCCAGCGGUUCGCAAGACCGUUGAAACCGGAACCACCAACACCAAGGACGUGGAUUACGAUUGGAUCCCGGCUGAGACGCUGAAGAAGAUCCAAAACUCUCCCAAGGGCGGCAAAGUAUCCCCCAAGCAGAGCCCACGGCAACGAAAGGCCAAGCGAGCAGCGGGUUCGGACGAGUAAAUUGCAUUUAAGUAGCUAAGUGACAACAACAUCAACAACAACUAGCAGAAGCUGGAAGCAACUUGUAAUCUGUAGUUGCAGCAACUUCUGGUGUCCUAGAGGCAGAGCUGAUGGGAGACUAUGGUGUUCAUCCCAAGCAAAACCUCAGCUAUCGCGCGCCAAUAUGCGAGAAACCUCCUUUUUCAGUGCAGUGAAACAAAUAAGAAGUAAUUUUAAGGUUUUGCGCAACUACUCAUAGAUUCUGUUUCCAAACAUCGCAUCCAUUCGAGAAGAGACACAAAGUUUAUUAUUUAAGAAUGUUUUUUUUUGUUUUUCGUUCGCGAUUUAACCCAUUAAAAAUAACCUUCCCCCGAUUUGGUGUGAAAGUGAGACUGUGUACUGAGAUAACAUUUAGCAGAGAACUGAGAGAAACAUUAGAACGAUCCGUGGCACUCGGGAAAACUUGAUGUGUCGACGAAAAAAAUACACGGCAGAAAUGAGGCUUCAUUUGUGGAAGCUCAUCCAGACAGACUCCAAUUCUUCUAGAUGGAUAAGUUUUUGUCGUUGUCGAGUGCGUUUUUUUGCUUAAGUUAUUUUACAAAAUAUAAAAAAAAUCGUAAGACAAGUGUAAAUUGAA